AAUAAUCCACCCCUUGAGGAAUUCUUACCCUCUUGGGCGAAUUUAUAAACAGGUCAGUGAGGAUAUAGAAUAUGUAGAAAACAAGCAUUUUUGAUACUAGUUAUCAUCAUUCUAUACACGUUUUCAAUUAACCAGUUAGUGGAAUCUUCAAAUAACAAUCAAUUAUGCGCAAUCCGCUAUCAGCAAGGACAAUGGAGACUAAGGUAACAAGUAAGACUAGCAGUCUCAAAGCUCUCCUUUUACGAGCUUGGCGAGAGCGGUGGAACGAUUUACAAUGGGGAAUAAAUAUUAAAACGAUUUUACCCAGAGGUGUUAGCGGAGAUGUUUACAAUCUUGCAGAUUGCAUUCUGCAGCAAGCUUUAGUUGGCCCAGGACCAAAUCAGCUGGUUUUGUCAUAUCUUAAACAUUCCCUUAGUUCACAGUUGGUUUCCUAUGCAGCCGUUUUGCAGAGGAUAAGUAAAUAUGGGGCAUUUCAUAAGCCGCAUUGUAUUAUAAGCCUUUUGGAGUUUCUCGAGACAAUUCAGGUGGGCAUCACCUGCCGUGGUAAACCCGAAGAAGAUCUUUUAGCUGCUUCUGUACUUUCCAUUGUACACUGGCUGCUGCUAUGUCAUCUUCACGCUCUGAAGCUUCACCAGAAUAAUCCAUUGAUUACUUAUCCUUCUGAAUUGAUAGAUAAGCCAGCAAGCAUUUUAAAGCAAAUGAUAAAUUCCGAUUUCUUGUGGGCUAUGAUGUGCCUUGCAAAACACGAUGAUAAAGAUCUUUACAUGGAGGUAGUUAAGAAGUGCCAGGAAAUUGAAUUACUUCAAAAAAAUUGCACCGUAAAAUCAGCAGUCUCAAUCGAUGAUUCUUUGCAACAGCUCUGCAAUCUCGACAUUGAUACUUUAUUGUUAAGCUCGAACAGUAACGAAAAAGAGCCGAUUACGUAUUGUCUACAGCCUUUACUGGCGGUCCAAGUCUUGUUGAAUCCAAGCACAGAAACUACCGUACUUGUAAAUCAACUCUUGAUGAUACAGAGAAUAAAAGGGUACUCGAAUCCUAGAUUAUACUGCGAAAUUAUUCGAGCCUGCUUCUUGUGUUUACAUGAUGUUACCGGAAGUUCAAAAGAGUCACUGUGGGGUGCAUUCACGUUCCUGAAAGUACCACGAAUUCUGAAAGAGUUGAACGCUACCACUUUAAGCGGCGAUGAAAGAUUGGAUUAUUCUCAGGAUAUUUUAGAUGCUUUUGAAUUACUCUUACAAUUUACUCCUCUGCUCGAUAUUAUGGACACUGCUUGUUCCUGUAAUUGCAUUGAGUGCCUGCUCAAUGAAUUACAGAAAGUGAAUUUAGUUACAGAAAAACAAGCGGAGCAGUUGAGUAGCCAGCGAGAAGGCGUUACGGCUGCUUUACAAAAACUUGAGCCCUCCGAAACACCAAAGCCAUCGAUUCCUAAAGUUAUCAUUCGAGCCGAGCCAACAUUAGCUGGAAUCUUGAAAACACUUAAUACCGAUUAUACCAAAAUUCAGGAAGCACUCCUGAGCAUGCUUUGCCAAGUACUGACCGGCAAGAGUUUUGAACUCAUUUUAGCUGUUGCUACAGUCGAAGGAACAUUGAAAACCUUUGUUUCGAAACUAAUAAAGUUCAACGAAUGUAGUAAGCAAAUAAAUGAUGCUGUAACUGGAAAAGUGACAGCGACAAGGGCCAUGCCGUUCGAUGUUUCAUUUCUUAUGUUGUGUUCAAUUGUACAAACUUACGGAUCUGAAGUAGUUCUGGAAGAAGAUGGCGAUUCGUUUUUUGAGCAAUGGGUCAGAGAGUGCAUGGCCGAACGAAACAAACCCAAAUGUCCACGUAGAAUGCUUCAAAAUGUUGACGGAGCUCGAGUAGACGCGUUAUUAGCACAAAUCAAUUCCCCGGACCCGGAUUUCAAGUCAAGUAAUAUGAAAUGGCACGUUGCUUGCCGUUCAGCAACGGGAGCUGUUAAGGAAUUACUAUGCGCUUGGGAAAGUGGAGCACUAGGUGCUGGAGAUGUAAAAAGAGCCUUAGACGGCCUCAGAGCAGCCGCCUGCUGUUUACCUGUCUGUGCAGCUGCCUGGCUUUGUGCUCACGUUAGUAUUACGCAUCAAGAUGCUUUGCUAAAGCCUAUGAAUAUGGUUCAACAAUUUUUGACCCCCAUUUCCAGCGAUGAGAUGCAGGACAAUUUCAAAGAACUGUCAAGUCUCAUGUUUCAAAUCAUUCGCAAAAUGCAGUACGACGUGCAUCCACCGACACAAUCGAAAACAAAGGUUCUUUCAAUGUCUCACAGUAUAAUAUCAAGGCAACCGAUAUCGGAGCAAUUAGAAACAGUCUGGCAUGGAAUACAGCAAAGAGGUUGGAUAAAUAUCGAAGCUACACAAUCCUUGGAAUCUUUACUGAACACCGGUGGUUCGCUCUGGUUUGUCUCGAAUCUAGUCAAAGAAGUCAUGAAAUACAGAUAUCAAGAGGAGCUGGAUCAAGCGGUGGAUUUAACAUUUGCAGUGUUUCAUUUAGAUAUCGAGGGCUGUACGCUGGAUCUUUUGAAUCACGUUGUUCCGCAAUAUUUAUACAACAGAUCACAGCGGGAGGAACUCGUUGAACCACAGUCAUCGGUGCUGGCUAAAUUGUGUGUUUCUUGUAUUUAUUCAACGUUGGAGUAUAACAACUCGAAUCCACCGCGAGGAAACAGUAGGAAACGCACCAGGUGUGAUUUGGAUAGCGAAGAAUUGGACGCUAUCGGUGUACCAGCUAACAAAAUAUUGAGACUUAAUGAAACUGGGGAUGCCAGUUCAAUAUUUGGCACAAAUUCUCCUCAAGCGCCAGGACAGACGAACGGACAGAAAUCGGUCCGUUUGAGAGAACCGCUGCUGUCAGCGCUGAAUUUGCUAUUCAAAACUUUCACGCUACUCGCUGGCAAAGACGGCGAAGUGUCGCAGCAAACACAUUUCAUUCUACAGUUUUUGAGAUACAUCGUGCAGUGCGGAAAAGACAGAACCAGAACUGUCCUACAAGGAAUGCCGCAAACUUUAGUCCCUUGUCUACUUAAAGCUUUACCAGAAUUAUUCACAACCGAUUUAUUACUGAAGUUAUACGACAUUCAAACUACAGCUGGGCGGAAAGCAACGGCGAGGGAUCUCUGUAUGUUGCGGAACAUAAAUUUAAAACCCACCAAAUAACUAGAAAAUAUGCGUCAUUAAAUCUUAUAGUGACUCUGAA